GUUCAUGCGUGUAGUAAUGAUAUAGUAGUAUGUAAGGCAUAUACUUUAAUUCUAGAAUAGGAUUUCCUAAUCUGCAAAAGAAAUAUAAGCGAAAAGUUGUUACAAAAUUAUCAUAUUUUAUCGUUAAAACACAACUAACUUCUGGAUCCUUUUAAAAAAAAUAUUGCAAACGCUAGUAACCAGCCCAUACCAUUGUUAUUAGCAGCUUGGAGGAACUUGUAAAUACAUAGAAGUAAUUGGUCAAUACUGGCUUAUUUCUCCUAAAGCACUGCCUCCUCAGAAUAUUGCAUAAAUUGCUAAACUUUGUAUGAAUUGUUAUGUAUAUGAACUCCUUUUUAUUGGCAUUUCCUGUUGUACUUGGAAACACAAAAUAAAUUCUUUCGUAAUACUUUCUGAGGAUUAAAAGAAAUUCAUUGAUUUUAGCUGAACUGAAUAUAAACCUUUUAAGAACUCUUGGUUCCAGUCGGAUAUAAAUUAUACAGUUUUAACUCGUAUAAGAAAGCAUAUUUUUGCAUAUAUUGCUUAUACUUUCAACUUUACAUUGCAUUUUGUAGUUGCAUUAUCAUUUCCUGUUUCUUAAAGUUGUUCCAACAUAUUUCAUUGCCUUAUUACAAAGUAUUAUAAAAAAAUUUAUGCAUAAGUAGCGAUCGUAUUUAAGUACUAUUAAAAUAUUUACUCAAACACCGUCGAUGUCUUAUAUUGGUGUAACAAAGUAAUAACGAUUCCAAACGUUUCAAUCUUACUUCUUGGGUUGCAUUGUUGGAUUUAUAUUGUUUACGUUAGUUUUAUGUUUGAAAAAUAAUAAAUAAAAUGACGAUUGAUCCAGCCACAUCGAUUCCUGCAUUUUUUGCUGGACAAAGUAUAUUUUUGACGGGUGCGACAGGAUUUUUAGGUAAAACCUUUAUUGAAAAGAUAUUACGGUCUUGUCCAGAUGUUCGUGAAAUAUUCCUCUUGAUACGUCCAAAGAAAGGACUCAGUGUUAACCAAAGACUCGAAACAAUGUUAAAAUUACCGGUAUUUGACAAAUUACAUGAAAAACGACCAUCGAGUUUCGAGAAAAUAAUUCCAAUCUCUGGCAAUACUACCGAGAAAGUAUUAGGUUUAGCGGAUGUAGAUAAGCAAAUGCUAAUUGAAAGAGUGACUAUAAUAAUACAUUUAGCGGCGAGUGUAAAAUUUAACAACAGUUUAAAAUAUGCCAUAUUUUCUAAUACUAGAGCAACGAGAGACAUCUGUAUUUUAGCACAAAACAUGAAGAGUAUAAUAGCAUUAGUGUAUGUUAGUACAGCAUUCACAAAUAUACAAGAACCAUUCAUAGAAGAAAAAGUAUAUCCACCAAUAUUUAAUUGGAAAAAGGUGAUCAAAAUGGCCGAGUCAUUGGAGGAUGAUGAGCAUAUUUUAAAUGUAUUUACGGCUAAGUUUUUGGAUUCUGCUCCCAAUACGUAUAUUUUCUCGAAAAAUCUAGCGGAAAAUAUAAUACAAGAGUAUUCUUCCUCCUUGCCUUGUGCGAUUGUAAGACCUUCUGCAGUAUUUCCAUCCAUGACAGAACCAAUGCCAGGAUGGAUAGAUAACAUUUAUGGUCCAAUCGGUCUUUAUAUUGGUGCUGGAAAAGGAAUAAUACAUAUAGGUUACAUAGAUAAACAUGUUUCUGGAAAAAUGGUACCAGUAGACAUUGUCAUUAAAGCUAUACUAGUCGUAUGUUGGAAGAUUGGAUUAACCACGUCUACGGCAGAUUCCACUUUAUUUGUUUUAAAUUGUGCUCAUCAGAACAGUUUAACACUUGAAGAUGAUAUAAGGAUAUUUUGGAAUAUUCUUAAAAAUGAAGUGCCUUACGAAGGGAAGAUUUGGAGAGCUCAUGAAUGGAUGACUGAUAAUUAUACUUUGUUUUAUAUAGUAUCAAUGCUAUUUCAUAUUUUUCCAGCUGUGCUAAUAGAUUUGGCUUUAAAAUGCUUUGGACGUCGACCAAUGUUACUACAACUUCAAAGAAGACUAUAUGUGGCCAACCUUGCGCUGUUCCACUUUUGCUCUAAUGACUGGAAAUUCGGCAAUACAAAUAAGUCACUUCUAAUAUCAACAAUACCGCCUGAAGAUCAGGAUGCGUUUUCUUUUGAUUAUUCCAAUUGCGAUAUUAGAGAGUAUUACAAGAAUUGUGUAAUUGGUAGCAAAAAAUAUAUUCUUCACGAGAAAAUGGACAUAAAUCAAUUACAUGAACUCAUCCUACAUAAUAAAAGAUGUCGGAUUCUACUGAUUACCCAGCAAACACCAAGCAACAAUUAAAUAAAUGUUAGUUAUAAUUUUCCACUCAACAUCGUUAUUGUUAUAUUACGGCCCAGAUAACAAAAUGCCCGCUCAAUGAUCACAGUGCGCAUAAGUACUCGCACGCGCGUGACUCUCGUAACGCACGCAAAUGUGUCCUCAUUUGUAAUAAAAAUUUUUUUUUAAUUAAUAAUAAUUAAUAAUAAAAAAAAACUUUUUUUAAUAUUGUUAUAAAGUACUCUUUGAGCCAUGCAACUUUUAUUUAGA